AAAUACUCAAGCCUCUGCCUUGCCUUUCAGACUCUGCAGAGAGCGGAAGCCACCAUGAAGACUCUGUUAGUACUCCUGCUGCUGCUGCUGCCUGUCUGCACUGCCGAUUAUACCAUCAAAUGCAUGGGGGAGGAUUUUGUGUUUGUCACAAACCAAGUGCUGCAGUGUUCCAGCAAAGUGCCUCAAGCUUGCUACACCACAGCUAGCGGAGAGAAAGGCUGCACCACCCUGAACUUCUGCAAGACCCCCGGCUGGAAAUGUUGCAAUGAGAAUCUCUGCAACGUGUGAGGGGUCCCGACCCGCCCUGCCACCAGCGGAGCAUGCAGAUAAACACCAUGUGUGUGCCUGUGUGUGCAUCGGUGUGUGCGAGUGUGUGUGCGCGUGUGUGCUCAAAUAAACGUCCAUUCAACUAAA